GCGGCUGGUGCGAGUCCGGAGCAGGGCGCCCCCUCCCCAGCCUGCCCCGCCGGCUUCCGGAGCGCCCUGAAGGCCAGGGCCCUUCUGAGUCCGAGGCCACUCGAGAGGACCCCGCCCGGCUGCCUGACGCUCUGGCCCAGCAGAGCGACAGCAUGAGUGACCCCCAGCCCCCCAUGCAGGAGCUCAGCUUGGCCAAGGCUGCUGGAGGAAGUUCAUCAGGAAAGGCACCGGCGGGUGCCAGAGAGAAGGGGCCCCGAAGCCAGCGGCUGCCGUCCAUCGUGGUGGAGCCCACUGAGGUGGGCACCGUGGAGAGCGGGGAACUGCGCUGGCCCCCUGAGGGUGCCCAGAAGGGGUGCCCCCAGGACAAGGGUGCUGCCGCUUCCUGGCCGAGUCUACGUGGCGCACCAGGAGAUGCUGCGGAUGCUGGCAUUGAGGCCAUGGGCUCCAGGGAUCAGGCACCCCCGGCCCAGUGAUGGAACUGGAUAUGACCCGGCCCUGCUGCACCUGCUGCCCGACAAGGUGGCCAGGCUGAGGCACAGAGGACCGAGCCUAUCAGGGACACCAGAGGGCUGCCCGCCACCUCCUGCCUUGCCGGCUGUGGCCUGGAGUACAGCCCUUGUCCUUUCUCACUCACCCAGGCUGGCCUGAGCCCACCCCUCCUUGAUCUGUGGCUUGAAGCAGAAAUAAAGGCGCUUCCUGGGGCCGGGGUA